UAUGUUUUUAAUGCAAUGGCGUUUCGACAGGGAGCUGGUGGGCCGGAUGGAGAAGACAACAGGUGGCCUCCGUGGCUGUCGCCUUUGUUAACAGAGCAUUUCUUUGUUCAGUGCAAGCUUCAUGCUGAUUCUCACAAGAGCGAAUGCAAUAUGUACUGCUUGGAUUGCAUGAAUGGCGCUCUCUGUUCUUUCUGCCUCGCUUAUCACAAGGAUCAUCGUUACAUUCAGAUUAGGAGGUCUUCUUACCAUGAUGUGAUCAGGGUAUCGGAUAUACAGAAAUACCUGGACAUCUCUGGUGUGCAGACUUAUGUUAUAAACAGUGCUAAGGUCGUGUUCAUCAAUGAGAGGCCUCAGCCAAGGCCUGGAAAAGGUGUUACCAAUACCUGUGACGUCUGCGAUCGAAGCCUUGUUGACUCCUUCCGCUUCUGCUCCCUCGGUUGCAAGAUUGUGGGCACAUCGAAUAAUUUCCAGAAGAGGAAGAAGAGGCAGUCAGCCAUGGCAUCAGACUCCGAGGAUUCAUCAUACAGCAGCAGUAGCCAUGGAAUGGUGAAGAAGAAGGACAAAGUGCAAAGCUUUUGUCCUUCAACGCCGCCUCCGAAAUCGGUGCGUUACCGAAGUGGGAAUCGCAGAAAGGGGGUUCCCCAUCGAGCCCCAAUGGGAUGUCUAAUCAUACAAUAUUAACCACUCACGUUUUUAAAUAUAAUAUUAUACGAAAAAGCAAGGUGUGAGAAUGGCCAACCUUUUUUUACCACGAAAAGUGCCGCCAUUUAUCACACUUCUACUCUUCUGUAUAUACAUUAUAGCAGCAGCAAGCAAGUGCUAGAUGUGCAAAAAAUAAGCCCCCUUUUUAUUUCGUUUAUAGAAUGGGAUUAUACAUAAGCUUUUGGGUCAUAGCAAUGGAGGAUGAAAGAUGUAAGUAGGAAGAAGAAGAUGAAGAAGAAGUUUGAAUCAUGAUUGUGAUAUUGUAAUGAAGUGUAGUGUUUUUGUUAUAUGGAAUGAAAUAAAUACAUGC